GUCUGUGGCAGACGACUAGCCAAAAAAACAACAACAAGUCAAGCUCGAAAACACACGACAGCACAUCGGAAGGACGGAGUGGCCAGCGCGGUAUUGGCUUUCAGCUCAGUAUUUUGCCCCUUACCCUUCAUAGGUACUUCUCCACAACGAAGUUUGAAACGUGCAAUGUCCGUCUGGCGUAUAAAACUGAAACUGGAACUCCCACGCGCCGUGUGAUCAAAUCGACACACGCACACCAUGGGGAUUUCAACAUCACUACUUUCGCUGGCAGACGACGAGGCCGACAAAGAACGAGGGUCAAAAACGCGACCCGCUUAUCGUUGCGUGUCAUCUUCACCGCUUUGCUGACAAAUGACAAGACAAAAGGAGUAACGGUACGACGUGAUGUAAAUGCGCCGGUACCCAAACAGGGAGCUGAUCACACACCUGAGUUUGGCCAUCAUCGGUUGGCUCAUUGUUCAAAGGUCCCGCAAGUUGAUGCGGCCACUGAACGACGAGUAGAAAAACACCAAGAAAAGGGGGGGGUGAAACGAUUGCACCUUUUGCUCUCUCUCUUGAAGCUUACAUGUAAACGCUUGACAACCAGAGCAAUGACCAAGAUUUCGAGUACACCGCAGUACCGCAGCAGAAACAAAUCGACAUAUGAUCAAAACACGGCGCCAUCUGUGGAGGCAAUGCGGCAGAUAUUGGGCCCAUAUUUCGUCGAAAAAGUCCCAUGGAUUGUUGCAACGGAUGGGUCUUUGACGACCGCGCCGCAAAGCAAACGUCACCUAGAUAUGCCAAAACAAAUACUAAAAUAUGCUGCGGACACGCUCAGGGGUAUGGAGCACACACACACACAGGUGUUGGAGUACGUACGCACCAGUGUGUAGUCCGACCGAAUGCGCAAGACGAUUGAAUAAACCUCGACCUUCCGCAAUGCUACGAACACUUUUCUCCCCAACAAUCACCACUGAUGGAAGAGGCACGAGUAAACCCAGCUGCCACCCUCGCUAGACAGGGAAUGAAAACAGAGGUCCUUCGGGAUCGAAUUGCAAGCGAGUAUGGACACGAAGCUCUGAUCCUGACUUCUGAAACAUAAUCGCGCCAACAAAAACACCACAGCUGGUGUACAACACGCAGCUCCUCGGUGACACAACAACAACCGGCGUACAACACAUGGUUCUCAUUUGCGAACUCGACGAGAAAUGACGCCGACAGGUUGCGUGCGGUACAGGCAUUGAGUGGGGGUCAUCGUCGACGAAACACAUGAAGCCAAGACGGUGAGCAUCCUGACAUCCUGACCAGAUGAAAACGAAACACCAGCGCAGGGUCACAGACAGAGCCACACGGUCGGGGCCCUCUCCACUCAGCGCCACAUGACAUGACUUCUUUGAUUCGUGCCUUCAAUUCCAUCGCGGUACGCGGUGAGCUUUCCUCCUCCCAAAAUCAAUGGUCACCCCUACGCAAGCCCUGAUCCUAAGUUGCUAGAUUGACGUCUCUUGUUCGCGGGCCUCAACUGCUGUGUG